ACAUGAUCUCUGAGAGCACUCACAGAUGCUGAGCCUGCAGAGACAGAGAAACUGGCAGCUGACCAGGGUUGGGGAUGGUCAUGUAUUUAAAUAUUGUGGAUUUUAGUCAACAGUGUGCUCCACCCGAUUCAACAAUGUGAUGUGACUGCUCCUAGCAACUAUUUUGAUAUGGUGAAUUUUUGUUAACACAAGCAUAGGACCUAAGAAGAGGUGGCAGUCUCUUUCCUCUCCGCACUUGGCAGGCCACCCACUCAUUCCUGAUAAUCACAUUUAAGAGAGCUCUGGACAAGCUGGGAUGCAUCCAAGAGAAUCCCUCAACAUGCUGGUGGCUUUCUAGAAGAUGACCAUAGAGGACCUUCCAGAUUUUCCAUUAGAAGGAAAUCCUUUGUUUGGAAGAUACCCAUUUAUAUUUUCUGCUUCUGAUACCCCAGUUAUCUUUUCCAUUUCUGCAGCACCAAUGCCUUCAGACUGUGAAUUUUCUUUCUUUGAUCCUAAUGAUGCAUCAUGCCAGGAAAUUCUUUUUGAUCCCAAAACUUCAGUUUCAGAAUUAUUUGCCAUUUUAAGACAAUGGGUUCCUCAGGUCCAACAAAACAUUGAUGUUAUUGGAAAUGAGAUUCUUAAGAGAGGUUGCAAUGUGAAUGAUAGAGAUGGACUGACAGAUAUGACUCUUUUACAUUAUACCUGCAAAUCUGGAGCUCAUGGUAUUGGUGAUGUGGAAACAGCUGUAAAAUUUGCAACUCAACUUAUUGACCUGGGAGCAGACAUUAGUUUGCGGAGUCGCUGGACAAACAUGAAUGCUUUGCAUUAUGCUGCUUAUUUUGAUGUCCCAGAACUUAUAAGAGUGAUUUUGAAAACAUCGAAACCAAAAGAUGUGGAUGCCACUUGCAGUGAUUUUAAUUUUGGAACAGCUUUGCAUAUUGCAGCAUACAACUUGUGUGCAGGUGCUGUGAAGUGCCUCUUGGAGCAGGGAGCAAAUCCUGCAUUUAGGAAUGACAAAGGACAGAUCCCUGCUGAUGUUGUUCCAGACCCAGUAGAUAUGCCGUUAGAGAUGGCUGACGCCGCAGCCACUGCUAAGGAAAUCAAGCAGAUGCUCCUAGAUGCGGUGCCUCUGUCAUGUAACAUCUCAAAGGCUAUGCUCCCAAAUUAUGAUCAUGUCACUGGCAAGGCAAUGCUUACGUCACUUGGCCUGAAGUUGGGGGAUCGUGUCGUUAUUGCAGGACAGAAGGUUGGUACAUUAAGAUUUUGUGGAACAACUGAAUUUGCAAGUGGGCAGUGGGCCGGCAUUGAACUGGAUGAGCCAGAAGGAAAAAAUAAUGGAAGUGUUGGGAAAGUCCAGUACUUUAAAUGUGCCCCCAAGUAUGGUAUUUUUGCACCUCUUUCAAAGAUAAGUAAAGCAAAAGAUCGAAGGAAGAAUAUAGCACACACUCCUUCUACAAAAGCUGCCGUGCCUCUCAUCAGGUCCCAGAAAAUUGACAUAGCUCAUGUAACAUCCAAAGUAAAUACUGGAUUAAUGACAUCAAAAAAAGAUAGUGCUUCUGAGUCAACACUUUCAUUACCUCCUGGGGAAGAACUGAAAACUGUGACAGAGAAAGACGUCGCCCUGCUUGGAUCUGUCAGCAGCUGCUCCUCUACAUCUUCUUUGGAACACAGACAGAGCUACCCCAAGAAACAGAAUGCAAUCAGCAGUAACAAGAAGACAAUGAGCAAAAGCCCUUCCCUUUCAUCCAGAGCCAGUGCUGGUUUGAAUUCCUCAGCAACAUCUACAGCAAAUAAUAGCCGUUGUGAGGGGGAACUCCGCCUCGGAGAGAGAGUGCUAGUGGUAGGACAGAGACUGGGCACCAUUAGGUUCUUUGGGACAACAAACUUCGCUCCAGGAUAUUGGUAUGGUAUAGAGCUUGAAAAACCCCAUGGCAAGAAUGAUGGUUCAGUUGGAGGUGUGCAGUAUUUUAGUUGUUCUCCAAGAUAUGGAAUAUUUGCUCCCCCAUCCAGGGUGCAAAGAGUAACAGAUUCCCUGGAUACCCUUUCAGAAAUUUCUUCAAAUAAACAGAAUCAUUCUUAUCCUGGUUUUAGGAGAAGUUUCAGCACAACUUCUGCUUCUUCCCAAAAGGAGAUUAACAGAAGAAAUGCUUUUGCCAAAUCGAAAGCUGCUUUGCGUCGCAGUUGGAGCAGCACUCCCCCUGCAGGUGGCAUUGAAGGGAGCGUGAAGCUGCACGAGGGGUCUCAGGUCCUGCUCACGAGCUCUAACGAGAUGGGUACUGUUAGGUACGUGGGCCCCACUGACUUUGCUUCAGGUAUCUGGCUUGGACUUGAGCUCCGAAGCGCUAAGGGAAAAAAUGAUGGGUCAGUGGGCGACAAGCGCUAUUUCACCUGUAAGCCGAACCAUGGAGUCUUAGUUCGACCGAGUAGAGUGACCUAUCGGGGAAUUAAUGGGUCCAAGCUUGUGGAUGAGAAUUGUUGAGUUAAGCUUCUAAAAUAUUAAAUAAGCUCGAAU